AUGGCGCUUGGGUUACUCAUCGCGCUGCCUCUGCUGCUGCAGGCGGCGUCCCCGGGCGCUGCGCACUAUGAGAUGAUGGGCACCUGCCGCAUGAUCUGCGACCCCUACACCGCCACCCCCGGUGCGGGGCCUGCAGGCGCUAAGGCACCGCCGCCCGGACCCAGCACGGCCGCCCUGGAGGUCAUGCAAGACCUGAGUGCCAACCCAUCGCCUCCCUUCAUCCAGGGACCCAAGGGCGACCCAGGACGACAGGGCAAGCCAGGACCACGUGGGCCUCCUGGAGAGCCAGGUCCCCCUGGACCCAGGGGCCCUCCGGGGGAGAAGGGCGAUUCAGGGCGCCCAGGGCUGCCUGGGCUGCAACUAUCUGCAGGCUCAGCGGGCGGCGGCGUCGGGGUGGCGGGUGGAGGAGCAGGGGGAGGUGGUGACUCUGAAAGCGAGGUGACCAGCGCACUGAGCGCUGCUUUUAGUGGCCCCAAGAUCGCAUUCUACGUGGGCCUCAAGAGCCCCCACGAAGGCUACGAGGUGCUCAAGUUCGACGACGUGGUCACCAAUCUUGGCAAUCACUAUGACCCCACUACAGGCAAGUUCAGCUGCCAGGUGCGCGGCAUCUACUUCUUCACCUACCACAUCCUCAUGCGUGGCGGAGAUGGCACCAGCAUGUGGGCGGACCUCUGCAAGAACGGCCAGGUGCGCGCCAGUGCCAUUGCUCAGGACGCUGACCAGAACUACGACUAUGCCAGCAACAGCGUGGUGCUGCACCUGGACUCUGGAGACGAAGUGUACGUGAAGCUGGACGGCGGGAAGGCACACGGAGGCAACAACAACAAGUACAGCACGUUCUCAGGCUUUCUUCUGUACCCAGACUAA